AACACACACCAAAUUCCAUUCCUUUGCACAAAACAGAAAACAAGUAAUAAGCAAUCAAACUAGGAAAUUUUUUGAGUUGAUCAAAUGGCUUCAAUGACAAUGACAACCUCCUUGGCCGGCGGCUCCGUCGCGGCCUUGACCAAAGUCCCGGCCGCGAACCGCCGCGGGGUUGUCAUGGUGAAGGCAAGCUCAAAGGUGCCAUGUGAGGGAGAAAAUGUUGUAAUGAGCAACAAGAAAGAGAGCAACAACAGUGGUCGGAGAGAGUUGUUCAUCGCCAUGGCGGCCGUUGCCGCUAGCUCAGUGGCAAAGGCCGCCAUGGCUGACGAGGAGCCAAAGCGUGGCUCCCCGGAAGCCAAGAAGAAGUACUACCAAGUUUGUGUUACAAAUCCAACUGCUAGAAUUUGCCACAACGCAAAUUAAGAGAGGGGAAGUGUAUGUUGUCUUUAUUCUUGUUAUUAUGCAUGUUUUUUGUUAAUGUAAAAAGGAAAAAAAAUUAAAUAAGACAUUGUUAAAGCUUUCUCGUGCAAAUUUAGUAUUUCAA